AUGGGGCAGCACGUGUCUUCCUGCAGUGCGAACGGGUCUGAGCGAGGCAGAAAUAGCUCCAUGCCACACGAUGGGACUCAUCGCCGUUUCCCUCACGGGCUAGUUUCAGAGGCAUCUACGAACGUCCGACCAACGCCGCUGCCGGCUGCGGAAGCGGCCGUUGCCCGCAGCUCGUGGAUUUCGGUGACAGAGUCAGCGCUUACCUGCGAGUGGCAGGCCGGGAGGGAAGGACAACGAAUGGGCGUUGCCUCCACAUCCCCACACAUCUCGCUCACAUGCGCGGUAGUGCCAUUCCCGGAAAACCGUAGUUCAGGCAUUUGGCACACAACUGUAGACGCCAGGGCAAUUCCAGAAAUUCCUGUUGGCAAGGAUUUCUUUUCGGCGCUGCGUUCGGCCUGGCGAAAAGGCGCUCCUGCAGGCGAAAGACAGGAGUUCUCAUCGGAUUCUGAUGCAUGUCGUUCCUACUCCAACACAGCGUUCUACGUGGUUGAGGAUCCGUACGCCGGAGUCAUGUCGCCACCAGUGCCGCUGUGGUACGCGGUUUCAGAGGUUCUCGUGCCACAGUGGACAGAGGAAGGGCUUUUUGAUGCACCUGCUCUGCGCAAUAACCGCUGA